AUGGUUGAGUGGGAGACACCCAAGAAUAUCGUAGACAUUCAUAGUUUUUUGGCCCUAGCCGGUUACUACAGAAUGUUCAUCGAGAACUUCUCGAGGAUUUUAGCCCCUAUGACUCUACUAACCCGAAAGGGAGUGAAGUUCAAGUGGUUUGAUGACUGUGAGAAGAGCUUCCAGGAGUUGAAGCAGAGAUUGAUUUCUACUCUAGUACUCACCAUUCCUAAUGGUACUAGAGAGAUGGUGGUCUAUAGUGACACAUCUAAGAUGGGCCUGAUUUUGAUGCAAGAUGGGAAGUUAGUGGCCUAUGCUUCUCGAUAG